AUGAAGAUUCUUGUUGAUGUGUUACGAAUGUUGAGAAAAUAUUUCAGCACAACAUUUGUGGCUUCAUCUCUUAUCAAUGAAAUAUGUGAAUGUUGUGUGAGAGGUCAUGGUGAUAUUGUGUUGCGGGUUGUAAAGCAGAAGAUGCGAGGUACCAAUGACAACAGAGUGAAAGCACUUCUCCUUUCACAUUACAUUGCAACACAAACAAACUACAAACUGUUCAAACACAUCAAAGUGUCAAAAUGGAAGUUGUGUGAAUGUGAAAAGAACACAACAUUUGCAAUGGAAAGCAAAGAAGUGCAGUGUUUGUACACAAUUUACUCACAAUAUGUUGUGCACUUCCACGAGUUUAAUAGCAAUUAUAACGAUUAUUUAAACAACUUGAAAAUAACACAAAACAACACAACUAACAAAGUUGAUAUUCACGCAGACAGAAAUGAAGAUGUUAACAUGUUUAAUGUAAUGAGAAAAAGUGCAAUGCGGCUGUUCUCAAUUUGUGAUUUCUUCAUGACCACAUUUGUAGAAGGGAAGUCAACCAACACGUUUUUGAAAAUUGCCGUGUCGAUGUGUUAUCGUGAUAUGAAACGUCUUUUACAAGUUGUAUCAAAGAGUAUUACAAAUGAAAACAGAAUUUCAAAUGACAACACAAAAGACAAUGAUAAAACAUUUGGAGUUGAAUACAUGAGAUGUCGAAUGUAUUGGAUCACACAACAGCUUUCAAUAGAAGGUGUUGGAAUUGUUUUGAAGACAACACAAACACAAAAAGUGAAAUCAAAACAAUUCAAAGUUCACUUGAGAAAAACAAACAACAAAAAGCACAUCAAACGGGGGUUUCCAAGAUGA